UCGGGCCCGGCUCCGCCGCCGCCGCCGUUAUGGCGCUGGCGCUGAAGAUGCUGCCCUGCAAGAAGCGGAGGGCGGCGGGGGCGCGCGAGGACGGGGACGCGCACGGGGGCGCGCACGGGGGCUCCUCCUCCUGCGGCCCGGGCGGGGGCAGGGGCCCCGGGGAGGCCUCGCUGAAGGGGGGGAAGCGGCCGGGCCCGAAGGAGGCCCCGGGCGCUCCUGAGGCGGCGGCAGCGGAAGGGAAGAUGCCCACGCUGUGUACAGAGCUGGAAGGGACCGUGCACAGAGAGCCCUGCCUGCCUGAGAGCCAGGCCCCGGUGCAGGAGGCUCCAGGGAGAAGCCCCUUGCAGGGGCCUGCUCGGAGUCCUGCUGUGGUGAAGCCGCUGAGGAGCAGCAGAGCAGAGGAGCAAGAUGGAGAGGAUAUUGAAAGGAGGAAGAGGAGGAGGAAGGCGACCAAGCGGAAAAGAGAAGGGAAAAGUCAAGAGGAGGAGGGAUCUUUGUCCUGUGACAUCAAGCUGGAUGAUACCCUCGACCGCACCUUAGAAGAUGGAGCUAAACAGCACAACCUGACCGUUGUCAACGUGAGGAACAUCCUGCAUGAAGUGAUCACAAACGAGCAUGUGGUUGCCAUGAUGAAAGCAGCCAUCAGUGAGACUGAAGAUAUCCCUUUGUUUGAGCCCAAAAUGACUCGUUCCAAACUGAAGGAAGUUGUGGAGAAAGGAGUGGUGAUUCCAACGUGGAAUAUUUCUCCAAUCAAGAAGGCAAAUGAGGUGAAGCCUCCUCAGUUUGUGGACAUUCCUCUUGAGGAAGAUGAUUCCUCUGAUGAAGAAUACCAGCCCGAGGAUGAGGAUGAGGACGAGACUGCAGAAGAGAGCUUACUGGAAAGUGAUGUAGAGAGCACUGCUUCUUCUCCUCGGGGAGCAAAGCGAUCUAGGACGAGGCGAUCCUCUGAUGAAGAGGGAGGGACUCUCUGCGAGAUGGAAAAGGUCACUACGCCUGUUGUUAGACAUAUUAGUGCUGAAGUAGUUCCCAUGGGACCUCCACCACCUCCAAAACCAAAGCAAAACAAAGACAGCACGUUCAUGGAGAAGCUGCAUGCAGUGGAUGAAGAACUGGCUUCAAGCCCAGUAUGCAUGGAUUCUUACCAGUCUCUGGAAGACAGCCUCAUUGCCUUCCGAACCCGAUCCAAGAGACCACUGAAGGAUGUUCCUCUUGGGCAGCUGGAGGCUGAGCUCCGAGCCCCGGAUAUCACACCUGAUAUGUAUGAUCCUAACACUGCAGAUGAUGAAGAGUGGAAAAGGUGGCUUGGAGGCCUCAUGAACGAUGAUGUGGAGAAUGAAGAUGAAGCAGAUGAUGAUGAUGACCCUGAGUACAAUUUCCUGGAAGAUCUGGAUGAACCAGAUACAGAAGACUUCAGGAAUGAUCGUGCUGUGAGGAUUACGAAAAAGGAAGUGAAUGAACUGAUGGAGGAGCUCUUUGAGACAUUUCAGGAUGAGAUGGGUUUCUCCAACAUGGAAGAUGAAGGUCCAGAAGAUGAGGAUAAUGUUACAGAGUCACGGCCCAACUUCAAUACACCCCAGGCACUUAGGUUUGAAGAGCCCCUGGCCAAUUUACUGAACGAACAACACCGGACGGUGAAGGAGCAGCUUGAGCAGCUGAGGAUGAAGAAGUCCUCCAUUAAGGCACCACAGGAGAUGGAGAAAUCCAAACCUCAGAAUGAGAAGCCUCUCCAGAGCCUUGUUCUGGACAGUGUGCAAAGGAAGAGGCUCCAGCAGCAAAUGCAGCAGCAUGUUCAGCUUCUGACUCAAAUCCAUCUCCUCGCAAGUUCCAACCCUGCUUUAAGUUCUGAGGCCAGUACCACCAGGAUGUUUUUGAGUGAGCUUGGCAACUUUGCUCGUAGCUCCACACUCCUUCGCCUGUCCUUCAACCCCAAGUUUCAGACCAUGUUCCAGCCCUGCAACUUGAAGGGAGCACUGCAGCUCAUUGAGGAUUUUCAUGCCCAAGUCCAAGUUGACUGGAGCCCUCGCAAAGCUGUGAAGAAGAGUGCCAAUGAAUUCCCAUGUUUACCAAAGCAAGUGGCAUGGAUUUUGGCAACAAGGAGAGUCUUUAUGUAUCCUGAGUUACUGCCAAUAUGUUCCUUGAAAGCAAACCCUCCACGGGACAAGAUCAUCUUCACCAAGGCGGAGGACAAUUUAUUAGCUUUAGGUCUGAAACACUUUGAAGGGACAGAGUUUCCAAAGCCUUUGAUCAGCAAAUAUCUCUUGCCAACAAAAACUGCCCACCAGCUCACAGUGAGGAUCAAGAACCUCAAUAUGAACCGAGCCCCUGAUAACAUCAUCAGAUACUACAAGAAGACAAAGCAGUUGCCUGUUCUCUUCAAGUGCUGUGAGGAAGUCCAGCCUGAUGAGUGGAAGCCUCCUGUGGAGAGAGAAGAGCAUCGCCUCCCAUUUUGGCUGAAGGCAAGCUUGCCAUCCAUUCAGAGGGAACUGAAGCAAUUGGCAGAAGAUGCCAGGGAGGCACCAGCUUCACCUGCUGCAGAAGGUGUCCUGGGGGCAGGAAAGGAAGCUUCAGACACAGAAUAUGAUGAAAAGUAUCCUCUCCUCAUGCCAAAGGGCCUCGUGCUGACCCUCAAGCCCCUUGCCAAUCGAUUCUCUAGGAGGGCCUGGAGGAGGCAGAGGGCUUCAGCUCUUAAGCCUGUCCUCAUCCGACCGAGUCCUUGCCUGCAGCCCAGCGCUGCCCCUCUCACCAUGCAGAGAGCUGUGAAGCUGGCCCAGCCCGAAGCUCCUCCCAGCAAAGUGAUGCUUCAGAUUCCCCGGCUCAUCCAGCCAGCUCCAGUGGUGCAGACGGUGCCAGGAGUGCAGCCUAUGAACAUUCCAGCAGUGGUAGGAAGUGGGGAGGCCUUGGAAUUCCAGAACGUGCUCUCUCCUUCCCCCUCGGACUCCAGACAGGCUUUCCCAGCUGCUGUCCCACCAGCUCUCGUGUCCUCCAACCCAGUGACCAUUCAGCCCAAAGUGAUGUUGCCAGCUUUGGCUGGAGCCAAGGCACGCAGGCCUUGUGUUCGUAAGGGGUACCAGAGGAAGAAAGGGGCAAAAUCUGCCCCACUGCUCAAGGCUUCCCCUUUGAUUCAGCCGUCUCCUGUCAUCCUCACUGUACCUGCUACCACAGUGAAGGUGGUGAAUAUAGGCAAUGGCUGCAAUAUGAUUCAGCCCAUAAACCCCACAGUUGGUAGAGGCGCUCAGGCCAUUCCAGUCACAACCUUACUGGUAAAUCCAACCACUUUCCCCUGUCCAUUAAAUCAGCCUCUGGUGACUUCUUCAAUCCCUUCGCUGAUCGUGUCCCCUAACCCUGUUGGUCUUUCGGCAUCAGCUGUUGGUGAGAAUGAGGAGCAGCUGAAUCUGGUUCCUUCCUGCUCUGCUGGAAACAACAAGAGCACAGCAGAGGCCAAGGCUGAACCCUCCGAGCUGUACACUUCGUGCUCUGCUCUCUCCCCCAAGGACUGCAGUGCCCAUCCUGCCCCUGCAAGCAAUGGCAGUCAGGAGAAGGUGAACAGCAGUGAGUGCUGUGGCUGGGCAGUGGUGGAAGGAGAGGAGAACACUUCUGAGGGGUUGUCUGUGGACCUGUUGCCUCAUUUAGAAGAUCCAGAUGAAACAGGGAAAAUUGAAUCCGAAGAACCGAAUGAUGCUACCAAGGAAGUAAACCCAGUGCAGAAGAGGGAUCUUGUGUGUGCUGAAGCGAAGGAGGAAUUCAUGCUGGAUCUUGGCCAGGAGCUGAACAUGGAGGCUGCAUGUUCAUGCUCAGAUGACCUGAAGGAACUGAAACAGGAGCAUCAGUUGUGUGAUAAGAAGGGAGAAGAACACCGCUGGCCUUUGCAGUCGUCUCCCCACGGUGAACAGGAGCUGGAUGCAGGUGCUGUUGCUGGACCACAAGUAAGCAAUGAGUCCCCAAAGAAUCCUUCUUACCCAGCAGAUGUCGAGGCAGAGUUCAGUAGUCCUCUGGGAAGACCAGAGGAUUCAUCCAGCAUAGAUGGGCAGUCUGUGGGGACACCGGCUGGCCCUGAAGCUGGCGGAGAGAGAGAAGGGCAAGAAGAAGAGGAAGAAGAUGACUUUGAUGACUUUACACAAGAUGAGGAUGAAGAAAUGUCAUCAGCCUCAGAAGAAUCCAUCCUCUCAGUGCCAGAACUUCAGGAGACAAUGGAAAAGCUGACUUGGUUGGCAACCAAGAGACGGUUAAGCCAAGAAGGAGAUUCUGAGGAAGAGAAUUCCCAGGAAGAGAACUCUGAGCCCGAGGAAGAGGAGGAGGAGGAAGGCGAAGGAAUAGAGAGCUCCCAGAAAGAUGAUGAAAUAUGUGGAGAUACAUCAGAGGAACCCAAAUCUGCCUUCCCAUUGACAAAGGCAGCCCCGCAGGUGGAAGCCCACAGGAUUCCGGCAGGAGAAAACAUGAAAGCCCCUGGGAAAAGCAGGAGCUCCCACAGAACCAGGAAUAAGAGGGGACGGGCUCGGGCCAGCAAGGAUACAUCCAAGCUGCUGCUCUUGUACGAUGAGGACAUCCUGGAGAGAGAUCCCCUGCGGGAGCAGAAGGACCUGGCGUUUGCACAAGCCUAUCUAAGCAGGGUGCGGGAAGCCUUGCAGCACAUUCCUGGCAAGUAUGAAGACUUCCUGCGGGUUAUCUAUGAGUUUGAGGUCAGCCCGGACAAGCGGACGGCCGUGGAUCUCUAUUCCACCCUGCAGAAGCUGCUGCAUGACUGGCCCCAGCUGCUCACAGACUUUGCUGCCUUUCUUCUUCCAGAGCAAGCUUUGGAGUGUGGGCUGUUUGAGGAGCAACAGGCCUUCGAGAAGAGCCGCAAGUUCCUCCGGCAGCUGGAGAUCUGCUUUGCUGAGAACCCUGCUCACCAUCAGAAGAUCAUCAAAGUGCUGCAGAGCUGCACUGAGUGCCUGCCCCAGGACAUCGCUGAGCUGAAGACCCAAAUGUGGCAGCUGCUGAAAGGCCACGACCACCUGCAGGAUGAGUUCUCUGUUUUCUUCGAUCACCUGCGGCCCUCAGCCAGCCGCAUGGGGGAUUUUGAGGAGAUCAACUGGACAGAGGAGAAGGAAUAUGAGUUUGAUGGGUUUGAAGAAGUGUCCCUGCCCGAUGUGGAGGAGGAGGAGGAACCAGCCAAGAUGCACUCAGCCUCCAGAGCAAAGAAGCGGAAAGAGCUGGGCGGCCACACCAAUGACAAGGAGGUCGAGUGGGUGGAUGGGAUGAAGGAAUGUUCCUGCUCCUGCCAUGAAGGGAGCAGCGAUCUCAAGCUAAAGAAAAGCAAAAGGAGGACCUGCAGCCAUUGCAGUAGUAAGGUGUGUGAAAACAAGUUCUAUAAACCCAAGGAUUCUCAAGAGCUCAGUGCAAACCUGGGUCAACAAGAAUCCAGUCCUCAGCCCGAAGGGAAGGAGUCUGCAAUGUCCAAGGAGGCUGCAGAAGAAAGCCUGGAGAGCAGAGAGGAGGCAGAGGAAGUGCAGAGCAAACCAAGAACUGGGUCUAGGAAAGCAGAGUCCCUGGUUUCAGGUUCUCUCAGAGCUCAUCCCAGCUUGUGUGGGCUCCCCCCAGGACCUCAUCUGCAAGGGAAGAUGAGUGAAGCUGAAGAGCCUGAGAACCGGCUUCGAGCUGCUGCGAAGGACAACAGCCCCACAGGGCCCCAGCUCCACAGAGCUCUAAAACUACCUCAAGGAACCAAAGACUGCCCUGGCCCUGUGGGGAGGCAGGGACCCAGCCAGCAGCAAGGAGCUGCCCCCCUGCCCUGUGGCCCUGCCCCACACGAGGCUUCCAGGGGACCCAGUUCCUCUGCUGCUCAGACUGAAGGGCUCCAUCCUGAGCCGGCAGCGGCUGAGUCGGGUGUCAAAGGACUCGAGGGGUCCCCUCUGCCUCUGGGUGGGAAAGCUGAAGCAAAGCAGGGCUGGAGGAGAGCGGCGCUGGGGAGGAGCCGCAGCUCCCGGUCCCCAUGUGCUGUGGAUGAGCUGGGCUGCACCCAGAGCCCGGCCAAGGCAGAUGCAAAGCACCAGGGGCAGCAGCACUCCCAGCAGGCAGAGGACAGAGGGGUCCCUGCCUCCAUGGGGCACAGGGAUGAGGAGCAGCAGCAGCAGAGAGUCACCGAAGCCACCGUCUGUGCCAAGAACAGCAAAGUCAGCUCGACCGGAGAGAGGGUUGUCCUGUGGACCAGGGAGGCCGACAGAGUGAUCCUCACCACGUGCCAGGAGAAGGGAGCCCAGCUGGAAACAUUCCAUGCCAUAUCCCAGAAACUGGGCAACAAGACCGCCAGUGAGGUGUCACACAGGUUCAGAGAGCUGAUGAGGCUGUUCCACACGUCCUGUGAUGGGAGCUCUGAGGAUGAGGAGGAUGCUACCAGCACCAGUAACACGGACCAGCUGUCAGACAAGGAUCUGCUGCUUUCUGAGGAGGAACCUGAUGACUGAGGGCUGGUCUGGGCUUGAGAAGCUUCUGCCUGCACCAGAAGGGAGGUGUUUGCCAGUUUGCUGCUAGGCUUGUGCUGUGGGUAAAGGAAAAACCUUUGCACAGGUACUGAAGAUGGCACUUUUGGCCUUGGUUUGGGUUCAUUUUCCUGCUGUACUCGUGUCAAGCUGCACUAAAGGCCUGGAGAAAGGUGUUAGGGUGUGAGAGGCUCUAGAAGCUCCCUGGGGCCCUCCAGCAGCAGAAUGGAUGCUUGUGGACACCACAGCCUUCGAAGCAUGUAAAUAUUGUUAAUAGGAAGCCUGUUUUCCUGUGGUGGAACCAACACACGAUGGGAGGGGGUUGGUUAAGUUCUCCCCUUGUGUUGCUUGUAGGUGGGGAAGCUCCACCCCGAGCUGGGUAUUUAUUGUGUGGUCUGACUGGGGCAGAGCAGAGGUGAAGAGAGCCCCCAGCCAUACAACCCCCCCUGUUCCUCCUUCCCACCCGAGUGCAGGGAGCUGCAGGCCUGCAGCCAGCCUGGGGCAGGGGGUAGCUGAAAGCAGCAGUGGGGCCAUCCCAAAAGCCAUUCCCUUUAUUCCCAAAGUGAUCCUUCCUCCUGCCCUCUGGCAAUAAAGCUGAGUCAGUCGGAA